AGCUGAAUGGUGUUGACUUACCCCAGGAAGUCAAGGGGGUGGCAGAGGGUUGUUUAGAGACUGCACGUAGCUUGAUCUCUAUGGAAUCUGAGGAACAAGAUUCAGAGUUGAAGGCCAAUGAAGUAUUUAUGAAUGGAAGUGAUUUGAGAGGUGAUGAGGGGUCUCUACUUGUUACUGAAUUAAAGGAUUCCAGCCACCCUGCAAAAGAAAUGGUUAUCGGUGACUCAGUGGAGUUGGGUGUUAAUGAAGCUGAUCACACAAUUGGACUUAUUCAGAAUCUUAAUGGAAAAUCUGGUUCGUGGACUUUUGAGGAGUUCAUUGACGUUGGAGUACAUUCCAAGUCAACCAAACUGAGCUCGGACAGCAUCUCUGCUGGUAACUGUAAUCAAAACUUGAAUGAUGCUGCUACACUACCUUCUAGUCCCAAAUUGGCUUUUGAGGAAGAUGGUGCAGUGAAUUCAUUGACCAAACCUAUAGAUGCUUCAUCAGAACUGUGAACACUAGAGACCUGGAAAUAAUCUGAUUGCACUUCAGUAAUCCAGUGUUUUACCAAGUACGGAAGGCCUUGUUUUGAAAAGCUGCUUGUUUACCUUUAUCCGUCUUCAAGUUUGCAAAAAAAUAAAAACACCAGGGGAGGGAUGACAGACUUCUGAUUUGCACCUUGAAACAUUUCAGGGAAACUGUUGUGCUGAUGUUCCUUUUCCAUUCGUUUAGCUAAUUGUUAGACAAAAUUUCCUUGCUCAAAUAUCACGUGUUUACCUUUUACAGACUUUACAGUAACCUGAGUCUUUCUUUUAUUUUCAUAUCAAUAUCAUGUACAGCAGUGUGCCACUGGAAGCUCCCCAGUUAGCUGCUGGCCAGAUUUUGCAUUUCCCUAAAAUGGCCCUUGAUGAAAUAAAAGACUCAUUCAGAGUGUGUGAAAGCUGAACGCC